AUGUUGCUAGAUAUAAACGAGCUUGAAACGAUAAAGAAAAAUAUUCAUACAAUGUCUUGUGUUCUUCUGUUACAUUCAAUCGAAAACGACAUCGUAAACGACGUGAUUAUGAAAGAAAAAAACGAAAAGGAAGACUUGAAAAAAAUCACACUGACUGUAGUGGUCGUUGAUGAAAGGACUUCGAUCGAUGCGAUACAUGCUAAGGUAGAUGUUACGUUAAGCUCAAAAAUGAUGUCGCAAAUAACCACCAUAAAGUGGUUGUUGUGUCCCCAUCAUCGCUUUCUCAGUAGCUUUUUCAAUUGA